AUGCUAGAUCGAGCUUCGAGCGCAGUUGGAACAAUGAUUUGUGUGUCUGAGGAUGUAGAGUACAUUGCCAAACACCUGCCAAAUCCAUUCGCUCAGAAAUGGUACAAGAUGUCAGCAAUGGUACAAGAUUUAGACGACAAAUGCAUGAAGAAUUAUGCUAUUUUGAUUGGUUUUGCUGAAAAGCACAAGUAUAUGCGAAUAAACUACAAAACCACCUUUACGUUGCACUAUGAAUUGUAUCCGGCAUUGCGCACUCUCACAAUUAAAUUCAUCUCAUUCAUGCAAUUUAUUUGUCAGGUUAUUGAACUGGCAGAUGUAGGAUUGGAUGCUAAUUCAGCGUACUCUCUUUUCGUCGAUGUGAUAAUUCCGCACGGGCUAAACAAGUACCAGACGGAGGAUGCGAAUGAAGGUUCCGUACCAAUUUCAGCACCAGAGUCUGGCGAACCGCUUGUUAUCAAUCUUAUUAUCGUCAGGUGUAUAAGAGAGUAUGGACUUACAAUACCAAAGGUAAUUGAGACUGUAAUUUUUACUUAUAGGGAUAUUAAUAUCAGUGCCGGAUUAACCAUAUGGCAAAAGUGGCAUAUGCCACGGGCCCCACGCUUUUGAGGACCCCAUGCUUACUCUUUUCGAUUAGUGAACCAUGGUUAUGAUUAACUUGAACCAUGGUUAUGAUUGUUUUGAAUUAGGUUGAAUGA